CUUCUCUUGACAUAGCUGCAUCGUUCCAUGCUAUGGCAGACAAGCCUCUGCUUAUCAUCAAGGGCAUCCCUGAGAGCUUCCACACACCAGAUUUGCGAGUCUUCUUCGAACCGGCCGUGGAGCAAGGGCUUUUUGCUUGCUUCCAUUUUCGCCGGGAGAAGGCUCAACCGAGCAGCGAGUUGACCUGCCGUGUCCAGGCCAGAAGCGAGGAAGCGGCCGAAGAAAUCAUUCGCUGCUUUCACAACAUGCCCUGGCGGGAGGUUUUGAUCGAAGCUGACGUCUCUGACAAAGCAUGCUGCGUGGUUGAAAGAGGACACGCACGACAUGAAGCAGCUGAUCGGUGGGAGUUGCAUCCACCUCCAGGCUUGCCACAGGGCAACGUGGGCACUGCAAGAUCUGCGGUGCUGGCCGCCAUCCGGGCCUGCAAGCUGCCAGCCUCUGUCAUCAAGAGGCUAGGAGUUGUGCCAAGCAAGAUUCGCAGCACGCGAAGCUCUGCAGCUAUUCCACCACCUUUGUGUUGGAGAGCCGAGGAGAGCAAGAAGCCUCUUCUGGAAGGUGAAGCGAAGGACGUCCAGCCGUCGCGGCCUGACGCGCCGCAGCCGAAGACACCGAAGGAGGGUGUGUCCAAAAAGUCGUUGGCGACCUCCAAGCUGUUAACUUCCCUCAAAAGGGCGCGAUCGCCACCCGAACCAAAGGAGCCAUUGCGGGAGUUAGCCAAAUCUCGGAAGUGUGCCCAGCCGAAAGAGGGUGAGUCCGAGCAUCUGGAAGAUCGCCAUGUGCCACGGCCUUUGGACACGGAGCCCGAUGACUUCGACGAACCACUGGAAAAGGCUCCACACUACGAGCGCAGUGACAGGCUUGACUCUGCUGCCGGGUACCUGUAUGAGGACACGGUUGAGCAGAUCUGGGACAAGCAAGAUGCUUCGGGAUUGGUUUGGUACACUGACGCCGCAUUCUGGGACCGCAUGGCGGGAGAUUUGGACGAGCGCUGUGCUGAUGGAUGGGACGUUGAGGACGAGGCCAACUCUGACACAGGUAUCGAUGAGGAGACCCCGCAGCUGCGGCACUCACGUGCGGCCGUGGGGAUGGAGCAGGGCUGUGGACUAGCUGCAGUUCGCCGUGGCGCAGCAGGACCUGGAGCUGUUCGAAAGAGGCCUUCGUGGCCUUCGUGGCGCAUGGCAGUCUGGCCACAGCGGACGACACGGAUGUGAUCUUCGCCGACGGGGCCCGUCGCUUCUCAGGACGCAUCAUGCGCUCGUGGGGCGGCCAUCUGUCGGCAGCUCCCAGCAGCACGUGUCUUGACGAAGAAACGACUCCUCCCCUCUAUAGGAAAGCCCGGUGCACCCAGCAACUGGAACCUGGGGAGUAGGUUGGAGGCCAUUACUAGUAGGAACAUGGGAAUUGUAUCUUUUUCUUCACACUUUCCAAACGUCAGCAAGCUGUAUUUGUGCUUCGGUGUGGCUUGGCAGGCUCUUGGCGGUGGUGGAGGGCUUGCAGCCUAACAUGGCUCGAACUGGCCUGGGUUGGGUUGGGGAGCGGCAGCGAGCCAGACCUAGACCUCCUGCAGACGAAUGGAACCACAUUGGUUCCAUCUACGACCCCCCACAGAUGGAGGUGAAGAGCCGAUCCUUCUCAGUGCGGCCUACAGUCCCAGCUUCUUUUAGCGCAUCCUCGCUGUACUUUGCAGAGGAUCGCCGGCGCAAGGUCACCUUCGUCCAAGCGACGCAUGCCUCAGCUGGCG